AUGGCUCGCAAUUAUGAGGCUGCGGUCGCGGCUCUCAAUUCUCUCCAAUCCAAUUUCACGACUGUCCAGCUCCUAAAUGUGCCAGAAACGAGGCAUGCUAUGAAUUUACAGUCAUUGCCGGAGACUGUUGAAUGGCUUCGACGCAUUGGUUAUCAGCCUUCAGAUUUAAAUCGCCUCAAUCCUAUUCAUGUUGCUGGUACAAAGGGCAAAGGUUCGACAUCUGCCUUUAUCUCUUCCAUUCUUAAUCAGUACACGAUCUCGGAAUCGGGGGAUUCCUCGCCAAAGCUUCGGAAAGUCGGCCUUUAUACCUCCCCGCACUUGCGCUUUGCUCGGGAACGCAUCCAAAUCAACAAUGCCCCGCUCUCCGAGGAGAAGUUUGCUCAGUACUUUUUCGAAAUAUGGGACCGACUUGAGGCAGCCGCUCUGGCGGAGCGUGACACCCGGACCAGCUUACAAGGGAAACCACAAUACUUUCGGUAUCUUACCCUGAUGGCAUUUCAUGCAUAUAUGAGUGAAGGUGUAGAUGCUGCAGUAAUUGAGUGUGGAAUCGGUGGAGAGUAUGAUUGUACAAAUGUGAUUGAGCACCCAGCUGCGGCGGCAAUUACGAGUUUGGCUAUCGAUCAUACGAACAUGCUUGGGAACACAAUUGAGGAGAUCGCCUGGCAUAAGGGUGGUAUCAUCAAGCUGGGGACUAAAACAUUCAGUACCCCGCAGAUAGCCAGCGCGGAAAAGGUUUUGUAUGAUCGUGCAGCGGAGAAGAAUACGGAGCUAGAAAUAGUGACGAGCCAUCCCGAUCUAGCCGGCAACAGUCGUGUGAAGCUUGGUCUGGCCGGUGAUUUCCAGUAUGCAAAUGCAGCUUUGGCUGUUGCAACGGCUGCGGAAUUCCUCAAGAACGUUGGGAUUGAUAAUGUCACGCAUGAUUUUCUGAGGAAACCUCUGCCAGCUAAAUUCCGCAAGGGAUUGGAGUUGGCUCAGUUGGGAGGCCGAUGCGAAACUCGACAAGAAAGGAAUAUUACUUGGUACGUCGACGGUGGCCAUACCCUUGAGAGCAUUAAGCUGGCUGGUCAAUGGUUCGCUUCCCAGAUCCAGAUCAACUCGUCCUCCACCGCUGCAGCCAACAAGAAGCCGCGAGUUUUAAUCUUCAACCAACAGAAACGCGACAGCAACGCCCUAGCUCAAGCUCUUCACGACACUCUUGCUGUGUCGCUUGGUACUGAACAACCGUUCUCUCACGUCAUCUUUUGCACCAACGUCACUUAUAAAGAUGCGGGCUAUCGACCUGACCUUGUAAGCAUGAACACCAAUGCGUCGGUCGUGGAUAAGUUGCAAGUUCAGAAGGGCCUUGCUGAGAAAUGGCGCUGCAUCGACCCGAGUGCGGAGACCAAAGUAUACAGCACAAUCGAAGAGGCCGUGGACUUUACGCGAGAGUUAGCACGGCAAGAAAAGAACCGCAUGGAUAGUGACGAAGCCCCCGUUAUGACUUUUGUCACUGGCAGUCUACACCUGGUCGGUGGGUUCCUAGACGUGAUUGAAACCAAGCCCAGCCAGGAAUAA